CAAAUUCACUCAUCCUCCUACAGCAGAGCAACAACACUAAAGCUAACUAGAGCUUGCAGCAAUGUCGACCUCGGCGGUGCUCUUCCUCCUCCUUGCUGUUUUCGCCGCCGGUGCCAGCGCGGCCACCUUCAACAUCAAGAACAACUGCGGCUCCACAAUAUGGCCGGCGGGCAUCCCGGUGGGUGGGGGCUUCGAGCUGGGCUCAGGCCAGACGUCGAGCAUCAACGUGCCCGCCGGCACCCAAGCCGGAAGGAUAUGGGCACGCACCGGGUGCUCGUUCAAUGGCGGUAGCGGGAGCUGCCAGACCGGCGACUGCGGCGGCCAGCUCUCAUGCUCUCUCUCUGGGCAGCCACCAGCAACGCUGGCCGAGUUCACCAUCGGCGGCGGCAGCACCCAGGACUUCUACGACAUCUCGGUUAUCGACGGCUUCAACCUUGCCAUGGACUUCUCGUGCAGCACCGGCGACGCGCUCCAGUGUAGGGAUCCCAGCUGCCCGCCGCCGCAAGCCUACCAACACCCCAACGACGUCGCCACACACGCCUGCAGUGGCAAUAAUAACUACCAGAUCACCUUCUGCCCAUGAAGCCUCUUUACGUCGCACCGCCAACCAAUAAUAGGCGUAUGUGUGUGUAUAUAUAUAUAUAUAUAUAUAUAUAUAUAUAUAUAUAUAUAUAUAUAUAUAUA